AUGGCCAUGACAGGCGAAUCACGUCGUCGCCGCGUGCGCUCACCUUCACCUGAGCCGGCACCGCACCCCAUUGGCGCAUUCAACAACAACAACCCAUUUAGCCCGCGCCAUGACUUCACCGACGACGACGAUCAGGACUGGAACCUCCCAGUCCCGCUGCUUGAGAGUCCCCCGCACGUACCUGAUAUGCGGGUGGCGUUAAUUGAUUGGCUCUCGCGCGAGCAAUUUCUCAAGUUUGACACCCCGCACAUCGUCACGCCGCGACUGGCGCUGCUCGCACGUGACGACAACAAGCGCUACAACACCUGGUACCUGGACAGCUGCUGCGGCCAGCAUAUGGUGGGGUCCGAGCGUUACAUAUCCAACGCCGUCCCCACCCCUACCGUCACUUAUGUCACUGCGGCGAACAAUACGCGCCUGCGCGCAAGCGCGCAAGGCAUCGUUGUGCUCAAAGCACGCGGAAGCCGCACGCACAUCACGCUUAACGAUGUGCUGAUCGUCCAGAACCUGCGCUUCAACCUCCUGUCCGCCGCACAACUCAUGGAUUGCGGCGUCGACCUCAGCACGGACCGCGCGACGCGAGACAUCCUGCUGCACUAUGAGGCGCGCAACUUCCCCCGCAGGCAGAUCGGACGAGCGCACUCCGAAAAUGGAGUGUACGUCCUGGAUUUCGACAUCCCCGACUGCAGCGGUGACUUGCACGAGCUGAUUGACCUCGUGCCACUGCGCUUCGAACACAUCCACCGCAGGGACUGGAAGCACCCUGACGGCAGGCCCUAG